AUGUUGAGAACUAGUUUGCAACGUUCUGCUGCAAGAAUUACUUCAAGAACGGUACCUAGAUCGUUAGUAGGUACCGCUUCUCUAUCUUUACCUUUCUCGAGGAUCUCUACUGUUAGAUUUAACUCUUCUGACGCUGGUAAAGUCCCUGCUUCAGAAAUUCGUACCGAAUUGCCCUCAGUUGAAGAUUUAGGUUCAAGUUCUGAUAUAGUGGAUCAAGCGUCUCAAGCCCUUGGCGAAGCUUCCAACCACGUUGGCUACCUUAAUAGCAUUGGGCUGGCUCAAACUUGGUGGUGGCCUGCAGAUGUGAUCCAACACGCCUUAGAAUUGGUUCAUGUUUACAGUGGAUUGCCCUGGUGGGGGUCCAUUUGUGUGGUUACAAUAACUGUACGUCUGCUAAUGUUCCCAUUUUAUGUCAAAUCAUCUGAUACCGUUGCUCGUAACUCCCAUAUCAAGCCACAAAUGGAUAAAUUGAAUGCAGAGUUGAUGUCCACUACAGAUCUGGCAGAAGGUCAAAAAGUCGCCCUCAAGAGAAAACGGUUAUUAGCUGAAAAUGGUAUCAAGAACAGAUGGAUGGCAGCUCCAAUUUUGCAAAUUCCUGUUGCUCUAGGGUUUUUUGGUGGUAUUAGACACAUGGCCAAUUUCCCCGUAGAUGGAUUCACCAAUCAAGGUAUUGCCUGGUUUACCGAUUUAAGUCAAGCAGACCCUUACUUAGGACUACAAGUGAUUACUGCUGGUGUUCUAAUAGGUUUUUCAAGACUUGGUGGUGAAACUGGUGCCCAACAAUGGAGUCCUGUCAUGAAAAGAGUUUUUACAAUUAUCCCGUUGAUUUCUAUUCCAGCUACUAUGAAUGUAUCAGCGGCUGUGGCACUAUACUUUGCAGUCAAUGGUACUUGUGCUGUUAUACAAACUUUAACUUUGAGAAAUAAAUGGGUUAGAGAAAAACUAGGUAUUGCCGAGGUCCGCAGAUAUUCUGAGACUGAAUUAGGACCUCAGAAAGGAAUUAUGGAAUCUUUCAGGGAGAAUAUGGCUAAAUCCAGGGAACAAGCUGAACGCAGGCAAAUGAUGAAAGAGAAAGAUCUUGAAGAACAGGAACGUGUCAAACAGUUGAAAAAAAAUCAACAUAUUAAGAUUGUUCGCAAAUCCGAUUUGCAUCAGAACUCUCAACAAUGA